ACUAGCACGACCAUGGCGGGGAUUCUUGUGAGUGCAGCGACGGGGGCCCUCAACUCCAUCGUGGAGAAGCUGGGCACUCUGCUGGUAGACAAAUACAAGCUGCACACGGGGGUGCGCGGCGAGAUCAAAUUUCUGACUGGGGAGCUCACAGCCAUGAACGACUUUCUCCUGAAGAUGUCUGAGGAGGAGGACCCUGACCAGCAAGAUAAGGUAUGGAUGUCCAAGGUGCGAGAGCUCUCCUAUGAUAUAGAGGACUCCAUUGAUGACUUCAUGCAAGACGAAGACGACAAAGACGCUAAGCCAGAUGGCAUCAUAAAAAAGAUCAAGCACAUUCUGGGAAAGGUGGGGAAGAGGAAGGCUCACCAUCAGGUGUUCCAAGAUCUAAAGAAACAAGUCACUGAGGUGGCCGAGAGGAAUCAAAGGUACCAAACUCGUCACGCCUUAUCCAAGGCCAGAAAUUUGACUGUUGACCCUAGAGCUCUUGCUAUCUUUGAUCUUGCCUCGACGCUUGUCGGAAUUGAUGAACCCAAAGCUGAGCUAAUCAAACUGUUGAUUGACGGUGUGUCGAUAAAUCGGCAACCGAAGCUGGUCUCCAUAGUAGGAUCUGCAGGAAUCAGCAAGACAACUCUUGCAAACCAAGUGUAUCAAGACCUCAAAAGAAAAUUCAAAUAUCGGGCCUUCUUAUCCGUGUCGCGAAAUCCAGACAUGAUGAAUAUCAUGAGAAUUAUUCAUAGUCAAGUUAGUGGUCUACGUUUUGCUGACACUGAAGCAGGAAGCAUACAACAAGUCAUCAUCAAUAUCACGACUUUCCUAGCAGAAAAAAGAGGCGGGCGGCGGCGCGGCAAGCGGAGCGCGGCCAGGCGGCGGCGUCGAGGCAGAACACGACGGGCGGCGGCGGCGAACCAGCGGCGGUGCGGCAAGCGGAGCACGUACGGGCAGAGCACGGCGGGCAGCUGCGUCGGGGCGCGGCAAGAGCACGGCGGGCAGCGGCGUCGGGGCGCGGCAAGAGAGCACGGCUGGCGGCGGUGGCAGGGCGCGGCGGGGGGAGAGGAGGAGAGGAGGGGAACGGCACGGCGGCUCACAGUGGGAGCGGGCCGGGAAGGCGUCGGGGUAGGGCUCGGCGGCGGCGAGGACAGCGAAGUGGAGUAG